AUGACAGCGACGAGCUCGAUUCUUGAAAACUCCUAUCUAUUGUCCGACCUGAAGGAUGAGAUCAGUUGCAGCAGUAAUGAGGAUCAGGGUGCCUGCAGGGUUUGUGGAGCGGUCGCAAAUGGAAUCCAUUUCGGAAUUAUCGCUUGCAGAGCCUGUAAGUAGAGUUUAACUUAAUUUUGAACUUCCAAUUUUAGGUAGUGCCUUUUUCCGACGUUCAGUUGCGGAAGAGCGAAUUUAUAAAUGCUUGCACGACAAGAAAUGCGAGAUUUCCUCAGGUAAGCAUAGAUAACAUUGCGUUGGUUUGCAUUUACAUACUGCACUGUCUCUAGCUCCGUAAAUGGGCUGAAAAUGGCAAUUUUUGUAGCAUGAAAUGCUUGUUUAUUGUUUUUUUUUUGUUUCAGAUAUCCGAAAUUCCUGCCGAAGUUGCCGUUUUACAAAAUGCCUGGCCGUUGGGAUGAAGGUCGAAAGUAAGUGGAUUUUGUAUUUUUUCUUUUGGUUUUAGGCUUGAUAGUAGACGUCAGCAAACUUUUAAGGCAUGUGACAUUUAUUUUAACGGGAAGUUUUACCACCUAUAUUCCAUCGGUUUUUAGAAUUUUUUGUUAUUUGAUGCCUAGAAUAAUGAAAACUUUUUACGAGCUUCAAAAAUGAACUUCGAAGCAAAUAAAAACGGAUGUUGUUAUUCGCUGUAGUAUAAUUGAACAGAAUAAUAAGUUCUUUUCAGAGGUUCAGCACCCCCGUGAUCGUAAUCGAACUUUUAUCCGAGCUAGUCCACCCCCGAAGUUUUCUCCGUCCGUCCCUGCGCCAGCCCCAAAGAUCUUAGAAAGAAUUCGCGAGGGUUAUCGAAAAUACGUCAUAGCCCAUAGAGCAGUGUUCGCCUCGAUGUACCCCGAGUUAAUCUUCACGGAUCAAAAUUCGCUUGUUGUUAUACCUAUCGAUGAGAAGUUGAAAUUGGACAUGGCCACCCUGCCCAGCGUUUAUAUGAUGUUCCGCGACUCCUUUUGCCCAUACGCGAUACUGGAUAAGAACAUAAAGGUGAAUAUUUGUUUGUAUUUUCGUGUUAUUUAUAUUAUACAUGAGGUGUUGUUUAAUUUUUUUUAAAUUUUAGUUUGACAUCAUCAUGACUUUUAUGCAACGCUUCCUCCAGUUAGAACGCGCCUAUCUGACGUCAAUAUUCUUUCCCGACAAGGAUGACGCGAUCGCUUUUUCCCACUCGGAUUACAUGGACUUUGAGCAUAUGGGUACCCUGUUCAAAAAUGACCUCAAUCCCAAGGAAAGUGCGCGGUAAGGAUUCGAGACUUUCUGGGGAGGUUUUACUUGAAAAUCUGAGGGUUAUAUACCUAAUUACUUGUAAUUCAAAAAAAAAAAUUUUUUUGAAUUACAAGGUUGAAAUUUUUGUUCAAGUCCUGUCAGGUCGAAUUACGUCAAAAAAAAUUUUGAUUCGGAUUUCCCCCCACAUUUUAUCCAUAAUUGUUGCUUUUCAGAAACUUCAAACCAUAUGGUGUUCGACUGCGGAAACUGGCCAAAAAGGUGAAAGCCCUCCAAAUGGACGAACUCGAGUUCCUUGGCCUGGUCGGGAUCAUCAUAUCCGACGAAGUGUACUGUCGAGUGGGCUGCGAAGAGGCUCUUGUAGAGCGAACCCAACUAUACAAAGAACUCUACGAACAUUGCCAAGAGAAAUCGCACACCAACGCGGACAUUCGCUUUGGCCAAUUGGUCCUUUUGAUCCGAGACGGAGAGGAAAUGGCCCUCAUCUUCAAGGAAUGCAUAUUCGUUGGAGUUUUGAUGGACGAUAUAUAUAAAGCCACCAUGGACAAGGUCCGAGAGCUAGUUGACAUUAUUAGAGGAUGA